AUGUCGAAUCAACCAGUGGCCGCGCAAACCGCAACCACCGCAACGGGAACGGUUUCCCAGGUGGCAUGGCAGUUUGUCGUGCAAUACUAUACAUACAUGAACGAUAAGCCUGACCAGUUGCAUCGGUUCUAUACAAAAUCAUCGCACUAUUUGCAUGGGAUCGAAGGCGAAGACACGGAUCUCCUCCAGGGUCAGACCGCUAUCCACAAAAAGUUUGUCGAAAUCGGGUUCAAAGACUGCAAAGUGUUCAUUCACUCUGUCGACGCGCACCCGAGUGCAAAUAAUGGCAUUCUUGUUCACGUCAUUGGCGAGAUGUCGAACCGUGGGGAGGCAUGGAAGAAGUUUGUCCAAGUCUUCUUCCUGGCUGAACAGCAAAACGGUUAUUUCGUCUUAAACGACAACUUUCGCUUCCUAAAGGAGGAGACAUUUGAUGAAGAGGAAGAGAAUCCAGACGACCAUCAGCUGCAGUCCGAGCAGGGUCCACCAUCAGUCGCAGAGGACGUGUCGUACAACCAGCCGCACACAAACGGAUAUCAUGGUACAGCAGAGGCGACGUCGGUGCAACAGCCUCCAACGAUUGCCGCUCCUGCACCUAUUCCCGCCGUGACCGCUCCGGUACCUAUCACCCCCAAAGAGACGCCUGCACCACCAGCGGUUCCGGAAAGCACAUAUGUGGAACCAGCUCCUCGACCACCGACACCCACCCCUGAACCCGCGCUGCCAACGGUACCAGACGUGAUUGAACCGACGCAAGAGCCUGUUUCCACUCCUCCGGCCGCGCCGAGUCCAGUUCCAGCACGUAAGUCGCCAUCGCCAGCACCGCCUAGUGCUCUUCCUCCAUCCACAGAGGCACCUUCGCAACCAGCGACUCCACAACCUGCGGGUCCGCCAGCUCCAAAGACGUGGGCGAGCCUCGCUGCGACCAAUUCAUCAAAGUGGGGUCAGAAUGUUGCACAGGAAGCCAAGGGAGUGAGUGCUGCUGCGCCUCAUCCAGCCGCUGGGGCGACGCAGGCCCAACCUCCACGAGAACGAGCAGGAGGGAAUGCUCCUACGGCACCCAGUGCUGGGGGCGAUCCGGUGCUGCAACCAGGUGGAGUUGGCCCACGAAACAUUCCACCUGCGAACCAGCAUCCACUGUAUGCGGCGGCGUUGUCGGUGACGACGGCGAUGUGCUUUGUCAAGGGAGUGACGGAAAACAUUCCGCAGCAGGCGUUGGAGCAAGUCCUCUCUACUCGGUUUGGACCUAUCAAAGAAGUUGAGAUUGUGCGAAGCAAGGCGUGUGCAUUCAUCGAGUUCAAGUCAAUCGACAGUGCAAAGAAGGCAAUUAUUGCGAGCUUGCAUCCGGGGGCAGGCGGAGAAGGUGGGAUUCGGUUUGAUGAGGAAAAGUAUGGGAGCCCGGCGAGGAUCAAUGUCGAAACGAGGAAGGAAAGGGGAGACCGACCAGCUCCUCGUGGAAGGGGAGGUGUGUCCGUCGGUGUGGCUGGGGAAGGACGGGGUGUAGCCGGAGGUUCGCAGACGGGAGGAGGAUCUCCAGGCGGCAGCUAUCGUGGACGUGGGGGGCCGCGAGGACGGGGAGAUGGGACAAGAGGCAAAGCCUGA